AUGGGGUCUGAAAUGAAGUCAGCCCCUGUGCUGUCGACUGCUGAUGAGCGCAUUCUCGAAGAAACCAAUCCAGUGGCCUUGCGAGACCCAACGGCCGCAGUGUCAGACGAUGAACUCUCCAUUACCUACGAUAUCGAGCGCACAUUGAAGGAGAUUCGGCAAGCACGAUACAAGCGCAUUGCUCUCCAAUUUCCAGAUGAUAUGCUUCCUGAUGCCCCGCGAGUAUUUCAAUUGCUCAGCCGGGGCCUGGAACGCGAGGAAGUCGGCAACAAUGGCGCACAGUCCUCGAACCAGACCGAUGCCGACCUUGCUCACUCGGUAAACGAGCUCCAAGUGGAGGAUAAAACAGGAAAAAUCUCAGCUCGGUUGACAAUUUUGGCCGAUACAUCUUACGGAACCUGCUGCGUUGACGAAGUGGCCGCGGAACAUGUAGACGCAGAUGUGGUUGUGCAUUACGGGAGGUCCUGUCUGUCGCCAACAGCUCGGCUACCCGUGAUCUAUGUUUUCACGCACAAGAAUCUGCCUCUUGAGCCAGUGGUACGAGCGUUCAAGGCAACUUAUCCUGAACCAACGACCAAGGUUGUCAUCGCAGCCGACGUUACCUAUGCAGACCAUGUUCCUACGGUAUACAAUCGCCUGGUCGAAGAGGGAUAUACCAACCUAUAUGCAACGGAGGUUGUUCACGAGCCUUCCUCCCCUAUUCCCAAUCGUACAGUUCCUGAGUCAGUUCGAGAGGCUCCUGAGACGCUGGCCGACUGGCAACUGUUUCACGUCUCCGAUCCGCCAACAGCUCUCAUGAUGACACUUGCGUCUCGCGUUGCUGCGAUCCAUAUUUAUCCCACCAAUGACCUUUCAAAUGAGAAUGUUAAGCCAUUGCCUGCUUCAACUGCAGCGGUUUUGCGACGCCGCUAUGGCACUCUUGCCUCUCUGACCACCGUGCCUAUUUGGGGUAUUCUUAUCAACACGUUGAGUGUCAAGAAUUACUUGCAUAUUGUGGAACAUGUCAAGGAACGGAUUGCCAAAGCAGGCAAGAAGAGUUACAUGUUCGUGGUUGGUAAAUUGAACGCUGCCAAGGUAGCUAAUUUCAGUGAAAUUGGUGGUUGGGUGGUGAUUGGCUGCUGGGAAAGCUCUUUGGUGGAUAGCACGGAUUUCUGGAAGCCAGUCAUCACUCCCUUCGAAUUGGAGCUGGCCUUGAAAGACGACUCAGACCGGGUGUGGACAGGAGCGUGGCAGAGUGACUUCCAGGCAGUCCUUGACGCACCAGCCCAGGAGGUCAACGGAAACGGAGAUGCGCAGGGGACAUCUAAUGGCGCAGCCAUGUCUGAUGAGGACGACAUGUCAGAACCCGAGUCGGCGCCGCCCGAAUUUGACCUGCGCACCGGUCGAUACGUCUCAAAUUCCCGUCCUAUGCGGGAACCCGCGCCCCGCGCUUCGCAGGUCGAUGGAUCAUCUGCCACUGGGCCAUCCGCUGCUAGGGCGUUGGCGCGACGAGCUAAGGGUGACUUGGCUAUGAUCGGCGGUGCCGUUUCACCAGGAGCAGAAUACUUGCGAUCCCAACGGACGUGGACGGGUCUGGGUAGUGACUUUAAUAUUCGAUAUGAUGAAGACUCGGAGGAUAGUACCCUGGUCAAGGAAGGGCGCAAGGGUAUUGCGAGGGGCUACACUGUAGGCGAUGCAACCGACAAACAUUAG